CUAUGGUUUAGCAUUCUUGUAACUUAAUUUCACGGAACGUCCUCUUCCACAACGUGUGACAUAAGGGGUGACUUAUUCGAUAUUGACGAAAAAAUAGCAAUAUCUUAUUAUAUUAAAUACUGAAAAUGGCAAGCAGAUUUUUGAGGAAAAUUUCGAAGACACCAUCGCUAGGAUCCCGAUUCUACAGCAGCGACGUCAAAAAGUGCACCCUAAUCCCUGGUGAUGGCAUCGGCCCCGAAAUUUCAGCCGCAGUUCAAAAAAUCUUCGCUGCCGCCAAUGUCCCCAUUGAAUGGGAAUCUGUUGAUGUUACCCCAGUCAAGGGACCUGACGGAAAAUUUGGCAUUCCUCAAGCUGCCAUUGACUCAGUUAACAGAAACAAGAUCGGUUUGAAAGGCCCCCUUAUGACACCCGUCGGAAAAGGACACAGAUCACUCAAUUUAGCUUUGAGAAAAGAAUUCAACUUGUAUGCUAAUGUAAGACCUUGCAGAAGUUUAGAAGGUUACAAAACUCUCUAUGAUCAAGUGGAUGUAGUAACAAUCAGAGAAAACACAGAGGGUGAAUACUCAGGCAUUGAGCAUGAAAUUGUUGAUGGUGUCGUACAAAGUAUUAAGCUCAUUACAGAAGAUGCGUCUAGAAGAGUCGCCGAAUUUGCCUUCCAGUAUGCCAAAGAAAACAACAGAAAGAAAGUUACUGCUGUUCACAAAGCAAACAUUAUGCGCAUGUCCGAUGGUCUCUUCUUGAGAUGCUGCAGAGAAAUGGCCAAAAAGUUUCCUGAGAUUAAAUUUGAAGAAAAAUACCUCGACACUGUGUGCCUUAACAUGGUACAAGAUCCAAACCAAUAUGAUGUUCUUGUAAUGCCAAAUCUUUAUGGUGAUAUCCUGUCAGAUAUGUGUGCUGGUCUUGUUGGUGGCUUGGGAUUGACUCCAUCAGGAAACAUUGGCCUCAAUGGAGCUCUAUUUGAAUCAGUGCAUGGUACAGCCCCUGAUAUUGCUGGUCAAGACAAGGCCAACCCCACUGCACUUUUACUUUCUGCAGUAAUGAUGUUGAGACAUAUGGGUCUCACCAAUCACGCCAACAGAAUUGAGAACGCUUGUUUUGAGACCAUCAAGGAAGCCAAAUAUUUAACUGGAGAUCUGGGUGGCAAAGCCAAAUGUUCUGAAUUCACCAACGAAAUUUGCGACAAAGUUCAAAAAUCGUAAACUGUAGGCAUUUGACCUCAUUUAAUUUUAUGCUCAAUCAUAAGUAAUACAGUGUUGUAAAAUGACAGAUUGCCAUUAAUUCUUGUGUAAUAAUUUACACAAUUUACCAUGUAAAUAACUAACAACUUUUUCUGUUUUUGCAUUUUUUUGUAAAUAAUAGGUGAGAUAGAACCAAAAUGUUUUUUUUUUCCAGUAUUAUUUAUAUUUCAAUAUUUAUUUGAUUUUAACAUUUGUGAUCUGCCAUUUUAGUCUAAAGAAACAUUCUGGUCCGUUGUUUACCAUUGUUUCAAUAUCGCCACAUAUUGAAAUUUAUUUAUUUAUAUGUCAUUGCUAGAUGAUCAUCAAGUUUAUAAGGAGUAUAUGAAUAGAAAAAUUAAAAGUUAA